AUGUGACGGGUUUAUUGUUAGUUUAGGCGACUGGGGUUACAAAUAAACCUGCGUGGAACAGCAGACGACAAUUUCUGCGUGACUACUGCCAAGAACAGAAGCAAAGAAAAUGGCGAAAAAAGUAUUUUUCUCAUGUUUUAUGAUAGUCGGACUCUUAGUGUAUACCCAGUAUGCUGACUGUUCGACCACGUCCGCUGCUGCAACGACCACUUCGGAGGGAACAACACAGACAAGCCCGCAGACGUCUCCAACACAAACAGCACAGGCAAACCCGCAGACGUCCCCAACACAAACAACACAGGCAAACACGCAGACGUCUUCAGAACAAACAACACAGGCAAACACGCAGACAUCUUCAGCACCAGCAGCCCAGGCAAGCCAACAGACGUCUUCAGCACAAACAACACAGGCGAGCACGCAGACAUCUUCAGCACAAGCAGCCCAGGCAAGCCAACAGACGUCUUCAGCACAAACAACACAGGCGAGCACGCAGACAGCUGCGCCAUCUACCGAGUCACAAACCACAGCGUCAUCACAGAGGGCAGCUGUAGCAGCAGUGUGUCCUGAUGGACAAUACAACCAACUUAGCAAUACAGUGACAUUCAUAAUGGACGAAAGAGAAUGUCAAAUAACCGUGUACCUUUCAAAACCUCCAAAAGGAAAGAAAGCUAAAAAAGAAAAGAAGGCAAAGAAAGCAAAGAAAGACAAGAAGGGGAAAGGCAAGAAAGACAAGAAGGACAAAGAUCAAGCCACAGAACAAGUCCAACAGCAAGGUCAAAGGUUCAUAGAAAAACACGUAGCUGUAGGGCCUAUACCAGGCAGGGAGUUUGACCAGUGUCCUGAGGUGGUGGUUAAAAAAUCUGGAAAGGAUAAUUACCUUAUGCAAACCGCUGAAUGUAUAAUGUAUGUACAGAAGCCAAAGAAGAGUAAAGACGGAUCCUCUGUGCCUAUAAUAAUGACGGAGGAGGCUCGCCAGUGAUGUGAACACUCUUCUUAUAUCUUAUACACAAAUCCGCAUUUCAGUAUGUUGUAUAUAAUUGUAUUUUUAUUUUGAUAUACAAAUGUAAAACAUCA